AUUCUUCCCUGGAGAAAGUCUCUCGCCGUCGUACGCUUCUUUCCGGCUCGGUCUCGUCGCAGAAGCGUUUCUCCUCUCUGCGAUUUCCUCCUCGUUCAGGCUGUGCGACUCACUGGAGAAGAAGUCGUUCUUUGUUUGAGGAGACCGCGAGCGACCGACUCGUCGUGUUGACUUUUCGCGUUACGUCAACAGUUGCUCAAUAUCUUUUUCUCUUCUCUCUCUGCGCGUAGGAAGACAACAGAGUCUCCCCUCUCUUUCCUCCUUGUGGGGAUUGCAAAAGAUGCUUCAGCGCCAGAGAGACACGCAGCGCAGGACGGCCGGAGUUUUUUCGAGAGAGUUUUUCCACGUUCCUGAAUUCACGGAUGAGGCAAAAGGAGUCGGAAAACGAAACAACACAAUGGAGGCCCCUGGUGUACGUACAGUCUGGUGAAGAGACGCCCAUGCGUUUUCAAGGUGCUCUGCCUGUCGCCUUCAGCAUUCGUUCUGAAUUCCUCGUCUCCUUCGUCUCGCUGCUUGCCUUCCUCGUCUGUUCUUCUCUCUCCUCUCCCUUUCCUCCCUCCUAUCGUAAUCUCUUUAACGAAUCGCUGUCCUUCCUGUGCACCUCCUGCUUCUCUUCUUCUCGUCUUCUCUCUUCUUCUUCCCCUUUUCUCUUUUUCGCUUCUCUUUUUCGCUUCUCUUUUUCUCUUCUCUUUUUCUCUUCUCUUUUUCUCUUCUGUGUGUUGUCCUGAUGGCUGAGUUGUCGACAACGUGGCAGCCGCGGCUGCUGCUCCAGUCCUUCUGCGGCAACUCCGCAACUGUCUCCUCAGUGUCGCUUUCCACCCCAAACGCUGUCUCUUCUCCAGAGAGAGAAGAAACACAAGUUCUCUUCUCUCUCUCUGGCGGCUCUCUCUUCGCUGUCGCGUUGGACGCCGCCGCCCGUUCAGCCGACGAGACAAAUGAGGCGGAGGCCUCGACGGAAGCUUCGGGCGUUGUACCUACACCUGACGAAGAGGGGCAGGUGACUGCGCCGGCCUUCUUGCGGAGUCCAUUCGCCGCACCCCAGCAGCUCGUCGACGAAGAAGUGGAGGAGGGCCUCGCAGCCUUUGCUGCGUGCGACCUCUCUUUGCCUUCUGCUUCUUCUCCCUCCUCUGCGACGCACAAAGACGGCUUUCUCGUUACUGCGGGAGCGAGCACAGGCCUUGUGCGCUGCUUCCGGGUGUACGUACAGCCGAAGCGCCAGGAAGCGACCCCCGAAGAAGACGACGACGCGGCGGAGGCGUCGCGAGGCCUGCAGCUUCUCCGCGCGAUGCAGCAGAGAAAAGGAAAAGGGAAGGAAGACGAGCCUUCCUCGCCUUUUGUCUUGAACGGAGAAAACGGAUCGGGGGCGUGGUUAAGGAUGGAGGAACUCGUAAAGUGGAAGAGCUCCAGCGCAGUCGCGCGCUUGAUCGCCUUGUCCCCUCCCUUUGAGGCGCCGUUUCUUCUGUCUAAAGGACGGAAGGCCCUCUGUCGCUGCUUGGCGAUCGGCUGCGCAGACGGCGCCGUCGAAUGUCACUUGCUCAUCUUCUUCGAGGGAAGAAAGAAGUCCGAAAGCGAACAGGACGGACGCCUUACGCAGCUGCAGGUCGUCCAGCGCUGCUUCGUCGACAGACUCAGUGGAGAGGCUGUCAGCGCACUGAAAUUUCAUCCCUCGCGUCUCCUCCUGGCUUUCGGCGGCGAGCGCGGAAGCCUCAGACUCGUCGACCUGUGCGCCUUCGUCUUGUCGUCUCUCUGCGUCGCUGCCGGGCGCCCGGCGCCCUCGACUCCUCGCGCGACUGUGCAUCCACUCGCCGAUCACAUGUCUGCGAUCAACAGUCUGUGCUUCGCAGCUGGAGAGGACGCGCGACAGUCGCGAGCGGCGGGCAUGCUUGUGUCUGCGGGAGGAGACCGCCUCCUCAACUUCUGGAACUUGCACAGCUUGUCGGAGAACGCCGGCGAUCUGGAGGCGACCGCCGCGGAACUCAGCCAGCGAAGAGACAAGCAGAAGAAGGAACGGAGCAAGGCAGAGACAGACCUGGCGCCUGCCUUCCAGCUCCCCACCUCCGAACUCGUCACCGCCAUGGUGUACGUACACCCCAGCGCGCCGGGGGUCGCGCGAGAGCCUAGGGCCGGAGACAAACAGGAACCUGCGGGUGUGCUCGUUGUCGGAGGAGAACAAGGAACGCUCUUCGUCUUCUCUCUUCAGCAACGCAAGCUCAUUCGGAGCAUUGACCUCCCCACUCGGAGCGCUGCCUCCGUCGCCGCCUCUCUCGCGUCUCCUUCCCAGUCACCGCAGAAGCAACUGGAGGACUUUAACGCCGUCGUCCGCAGCCUUGUGCUGCUUCCGCGCCGCGGGUCGCCGCAUCUGCUCGCGGUGCAGGAGUCUGGCGCCGCGGCCUGCCUUCCUCUCGCGCUCUUCUUCUCGUCCGCGAAAGGGAAACCGGAGCUCGCUCUCAAGCCCACCUUCUUUAUCGGCAGAAUGGACGGCAUUCUCGGCAUCAAGUUCCUUCCGGAACCGCCUGCAUGCGCCUGUCCCUGCUGCUCUGCCCGGCGGGCCUCUGCACUCGGCGAGGCGCAACUCUCUGGACGGGGAAAAAGAAAACGCGGAGACGUCCAAGAGGAAGACUCUGCGUCGCGGGCGGCCCCUGCGUUUCCUCGUUCGCUCGUCGCUCUCGUCGGAGAACGCCAGCCGUGGGUGUUACGGCUGGACGGCCCUGCUGGGGAGGGACAUCCUGUGGGAUACCAGGCAGCUGCAUGCGCAGCAGAACUUUCAGAGGGACAUCAAGGUGAACCUUCGCGGUUUUCAGAGGCGCAUGCGGCGCCCGCCGUAUGCUGCGAUGUAUCGCGAAAGGGUUGCUGGGUGCUCAGCGGUGCCUCGGACGGCUCGCUGGCUGUUUGGCAUGCGGCGACUGGCAGAUGCCUGGCGCAAGUCCCUCCAGGCCACCAUGGCGGCGCAAUCAACGCUGUGGCUUUCCAGCAGAAAGAAUGGCUGCGGCCGUCGCCGCUCUUCAAGAAGAGUAUGCGUGAGGGCGUUUUAGCAGCCUCUGGACGAAAAGAAAAGAAGGAAAGUUCUGACCUCUCUGUUCCGCUGUGCGCCUGCGACUGUCGCGGCAUCAAUGCCUCGACGCCUCACGCGCUGCUCUUCGCCGCUGCGUCUUCUGGGGACCAUGCUGUGAAAGUCUGGAAGGCAGAGAUCUCUCCUUCGUUUCUCUCGGGGAAGGUGCGAGGAGACGACGAACCUGGGGCGUCUGGAAAGAAAAAGAAAACAACGGAUACAGGACAUUCACAAAUCCUCGUCACUUCUCUCGCCUCCGUCGUCGCUCAUCGCAAGGAAAUCAACGACGUCAAAAUUUCUCCCAAUGACGCGCUUCUCUGCACAGUUAGUCAGGAUAAAACGGGGAAGUUGUUUUCCUUUCCUUCUCUCGUGUACGUGGGCGAACUUCGAGGGCAUUCGCGCAGCAUUUUUGCCUGUGCGUUCCCCAAGCGCGAGAAAAUCGUGGCCACAGCAAGCGCAGACUCGACAGUGAAGCUCUGGAACGUUGACACUUGUGCAUGCAUCAAAACCUUUCAGAGCACUGUGGGAGGCGGCGUCCUCGCGCUUGGUUUCCUGUCGAGAGACACGCAGCUGGUCACCGGAACCAGCGAGGGUCUUCUGCAGCUAUGGAAUUGCAGAACUGCGGAGUGCGUCGGCUCGCUUCCCUCCGUUCACGAGGAAAACAAGAUCUGGUGUCUCGACGUCUGUGGCCCCGCAAUGGUCACGGGCGGCUCCGGCGGACAACUUUGCCUCUGGGAGGACGUCACAAAUCUUGUGCGCCACAAAGCCGAGCUGGCGCAACAGCGCGAGACGCAGCAGCUGGCAGCGUUGAAGUUGUUGGCUGCGGAGGGUCGAGGCGACGAAGUGUUUUCGCUGCUUCUGCGUCUGCGGAGGAGAGCAGGGAUGCGCGAGUUCCUGGAGAACCAGUGCGGGAAGAUUCUUCUCCAGGCGUUCCAGAGAGGCCUGGAGCUCCAGCGACGCAUCGCCUUAUAUUCGGGGCAGCCGCUCGCUCGCUCGGGCUCUGACCAAGACGCGUCGGCGUCGACUUUUGGGCGUCUCUCCGCCUUUCUUGAGUCUCUUGAGGAAGAGCGCGUAGCCGCUCGAGAGGACGAAGACGACCGACGGGGAGGGCAAGAGAGCAAGGCAGAGUUGGGAGCCUCAAAGAAGCGAAAGGGGGAGAAGAAAGUCAAGGGUGAGGAGACAGAGGCUGGAGUGCGAGGACGUCCAGACGCGCCUUUGCGGAGUGCGUGGCUGCGAGAUUUGAACGGCGACCUGUCGCUUCCUCAGUUGCUGAGGAAAAUGAAGAAGAAGGACGUAGCGACUCUUCUUGAAUUCGCCGCUGCGUGGAACACCAACAGUCACACCUCGUGGCUUGCGCAAGGCUUGGUGCGCCUCCUUCUGGAAGCGCGAGGCGAAGACAUUUUCGAAGGUGCAGAGAAGGCCGGAAGAAACGUCUCGGAUGUCGAGAACGUGAUCAGCAGCUUCUGCGCUUACACCGCGAGACACGAUCGACGUCUGACGGCUCUCAUCGAAAAAACAUUUCUCCUGGAUCUCCUGCAAGGCUGUGAAUCCGGAGACACCCGGGACCUCGGAGACCGGUGGAGUGGAGAGACGCGACGAGAACCACACAGAGAGAAAACCUUGGACCCCCGAGACGCAACGACCUUCACAAGACUCUGCCUCUACGGAGACGAAAGCGAACAAACAGAAAUGAGUCAAGGAAAGAAAACGAAAAACGAACCCAAACGUGACUCUGACGAGCGAUCAACGCAAGAAGAAGAGGAAGAAGAAGAAGGAGAGGGAGAAGAAGAAGAGGAAGAAGAAGAAGAGGAAGAAGAAGAGGAAGAGGAAGAAGAGGAAGCAGAGGAAGAAGAAGAGGCUGACGCAUAAAGACAAAAGAAUUAAAUUGGAUCGAGGGAAACAUUUCGAAGACCCUUCUUGUCUGAGUCUUGUUUGGAGUGUCCCUCCAUCCUGGCAUCUUCUGUUUCUGAUUUGUUUCCUCGUGUUUCUUGCCUUUUUCGUAUUCUCUUUGUCUCUUCUGAGAGUUGUCCUUUCUGUAUAAGGCCUGUUCGAAGCAGGUCUUGUUCUUUCUCGGGUGCGGCGCUGCUGCGUCUGUAUCUCUUCAUACUCGAUCGUUUUCUCUUUUCUUUCCUUCCACCUUUGUUUUCGGCGGUGCCCUCUUGUUCAAUUCUUGACUUUCGUUUCGGGUGUCUCCCACAGAAGUCUGUUCUUUUCUCGCCGGCUUUUUGCCACUGCCGUUCUCUCGGCAUUUCGCCUCCGGACACAACAGUUUUUUCCUUUUGCCGAUAUCCAGUUUCGA